AUGGAAGGUGGGUUCAACAAGAGCGGCUCACCGGAGGCGGAAGGCUCGAGGCGGGCGCCCACGGGGGCCUACUACGAGUGCUCCUUCUGCAAGAGGGGGUUCACUAACGCGCAGGCGCUCGGCGGCCACAUGAACAUCCACCGCAAGGACCGCGGAGGCGGCAGUAAGACCGCGCCGCCGCAGCAGGACGACGCUGGCAGUGGCGGCUCGCGGACCUACGGCGGCGGGGACGUGCACCUGGGCCUGUCCCUGGGGAGGAAGGAGGAUGUGGAUUUGGAGCUUAGGCUUGGCAGCUAUCCUUAUAACUAG